AUGGCAUCUGUCGCAGAGCCCGUGGCUCCAGCGAGUACACCUGCGGCAUUGGACCCCCAACUCGUGUCCGCAACAGUGACGGCGACGCAAGACGCGGCUGCUACGGCAUCGGCUCCAACAACCCCACCCACAGCAGCUGCGAUUCAGAUUCACACCCCGUGUCAAGUCGAGCUUGGCACCUCUCGCCCAUUCGACCCCAACACACCCGAAGUCGCAGCCGCAACGACAAACGGCUGCACCAACGGGACGUUGUCUACAGACGCAGCCUCGGCAUCGAUAAGCGGAAAGAAAGUCGGCAACGGCUCCGCUGCUACAUCGAAAGCCGCUGCGCCGUCGAAACUGCAGGGACGGCCGUCCCAGGCCCCACAACGCAUGACUGCCGAGCUGCACGCCGCUAAUAAGGACUUCUCUGCACCCCCUCCCGCUGACCGAGUUGUGUCGGCGGAGAGAACAGUCUUAUCACGCCGAGUGCUCGUGGGGGCCCCAGGCAGUCUAACGGGCAGGAGAAGAGCAGUGAAGAACGGCCACUCUUCGGGCCAUCGCCACACCCGCUUUGUGGACCCCUCGACGUCUGCGAAUGGUACUGCAGAAGCGACCACGAACGCGACUCAGCGGUCGGGUGGGCGACGGACGUCGCCACCUCCGCAGCAGCAGCAGCGAAAGGUGGUGUCACCAACCAUCCCGUCUGUGGUCAAGGCUGCCGUCACCGUGGCCGGACACCCGACGUGGUAUACUCUCUCGAUCCCACAGCACUUCGACUCCCACCACACCCCUCAGCGACCCUCGACUGCAGUGGAAGGCGCCUCCAAACAACCUCAUCAAGCCCACUACGUGGUUGGUACUGAGGCGCUAUCCGCGGCGACCGAGAGCCUCGCACUGGAGUCAGCACCUCUCUCCGCACCCGGGCCCGCGACGCUCGUGAACCACGAGCAAUUAGCAUCCUCCUUCCCUCAUUCACCCACCACCGGGGGCAGCCCACAGUCGCAAAACCCUGACGCCGCCUCCACCGCGCAGUCCAAGGUGGUAGUCGGUGGAGACGAAGGUGUUUUACUCCAAGAGGUGGAAGCUGCCUCCCCUACGGUGUCGGACCCGGCUUUGGAAACGGCAGCAACAACACCAGCGGCGGCAACAACACCAGCGGCGGUAACAACACCAGCGGCGGCAACAACACCAACGGCAGCAACAACACCAACGGCAGCAACAACGCCAAUGGCGGCAACAACACCAGCGGCGGCAACAACACCAGCGGCGGCAACAACACCAGCGGCGGCAACAACACCAACGGCAGCAACAACACCAACGGCAGCAACAACGCCAAUGGCGGCAACAACACCAGCGGCGGCAACAACACCAGCGGCGGUAACAACACCAGCGGCGGCAACAACACCAACGGCAGCAACAACACCAACGGCAGCAACAACGCCAAUGGCGGCAACAACACCAGCGGCGGCAACAACACCAGCGGCGGCAACAACACCAACGGCAGCAACAACACCAACGGCAGCAACAACGCCAAUGGCGGCAACAACACCAGCGGCGGCAACAACACCAACGGCGGCAACAACACCAACGGCAGCAACAACACCAACGGCAGCAACAACGCCAAUGGCGGCAACAACACCAGCGGCGGCAACAACACCAACGUCGGCAAAUGCAAAGUCGCCAGUCACCUCUGCUGGGCAGCACAAGGGAGUGAUCAUGACUGCCGAGAUGCAACGCGAUAGCAAGCGCAUCGUCAUCUCUCGCCCCUCUACCAACCUGCGCAUAGUCCACAUGACCGACCUAGCGCGCCCGUCGAUUGCAUACAAGCUGACUCCUCACUUGACACGCCAGUCCACCGCACUCAUCCGCCGCAUCCGCCACCCGCGCAAAUCUCUGAACGUUUUCCUCACCAAGUACCCUCUCAUUCGCAAGAUUGCUGAGGAGAUGGGCUUCGAGAUGGAGACAACGGAGGAAGAGCUAAACGAGUACAAAUUCAACCUCUGUUGGAGCGAUACGGUGCUGUCCCUCAUGCGGCUCGUGCGCCUGAGAAACUGGCAGCGCACGAACCACUUUCCGUCGAUGCAUCUGCUUUGCCGUAAGGGGCACCUGGGGACGACACUGGGGAAGCUGCGCCGCAAGCUGCCCUCGCACUUCGCCUACUACCCACGCACGUGGUCAAUGCGAAGCGAGCGGAUGCAGUUCACGCGGUACAUGAUGGCCGUUCGUCAGCGUCGAAUCAGCGUC